AACGAUGCAUCAAUGUCGAAUUUAACAAUAAUCCCUAUUAUUGGACCUCAACAAUUUGUGCAGUUUAAGGCCAGACACAACACAAAACAGACAUGAAAAUCAUAUACAUAACUCUGCUAUGGACGCAAUUGCUGGUGGCAGAAACAUCUAGAAGCAUGGACAGCUUGUCGGAGUAUUUGGAGAGCCAUGAUCUGGUCGGAGUUGGCAAUACAAAGCAUUGCUUUGCCAGAUAUUUACCCCAACUGGAGCAAGUGGGAGAGACCUGGUCGGGGGAGUACAAUGAUUGCCAGCAGAAUGCAACGACGGUGCGUCAAAAUGUGUUCACCAAGGUGGAUGGCAUGCAAGAAAUGAUACGAAAGGGAGCACUCGAAAUAGAUGGAUACAUCGGUGGUUGCCUGGAUAUCAAGGAUGUCUUGGAUUUCUUCAACUGCUUUGGCAAGCUGUCCAAGCAGCAGUUGACCAACAUGUACGAGAUAUCUUUCAAUGCCUCUGAGAAUGCACUGAGUCUCAAUCAGCAGCUGAAUGGCAUUGAUAUGGAGAGUUAUCUAUGCACGAAUCGCACAGAGCAGAGUUAUGUCCUGGCAACGGCACAUAUUUUUACUGCACUCGAUAAAUGCCUGGAAGAGGCUGCUAACUUGGCUAAAACCAACGAUUAAAUUCAUAUCUAUACUUUACUAAAAUCUAAUAAUGCU